AUGAAGGCCAGCCUCCUUUUCUUCUGCUCCCUGCUUGGGCUGGCCCUCGCGCAAAGUUGCCCUGACCCCGGCGUCAAUGGCUUCGCCAGUGCUGCGGGCGGCACGACUGGCGGUGGAAACGCCGCCGCCGUCACCGUCACCAACGCCAACGACCUGAAGACCGCGGCCAAAGCCUCCGGUGCCCGCGUCAUUAUCGUGAAGGGUAAGAUCGACACCCAGGGCGCCGUCGACGUGGCGAGCGACAAGACCAUCCGCGGCCAGGACUCCACCGCCACCAUCAUCGGAGGCUUCAACCUCAAGGGUGUCAGCAACAUCAUCAUCAAGAACCUCAACAUCCAGGCCGGCGGCUCCGUCGACACCAUCGCCAGCCGCAACUCCCACCACGUCUGGUACGACCACCUCAACAUCUGGGACGCCGGCGACGGCCUCCUCGACAUCACCCAAGAGUCCGACUACCAGACCGUCUCCUGGUGCAAGUUCUGGUACAGCAGCAAGACCGGAGACCACCGCCUCGCGAGUCUCGUCGGCUCCGGCGGCGGCGACCACCCCGAGGACGAGGGCAAGCUGCGCGUCACCUACCACCACAACUGGUGGGCCGAGAACGUGGACCAGCGCAUGCCGCGCGUCAUGUACGGCGAGGGCCACAUCUACAACAACUUCUUCAACUCGCCCGGCAACACCUACUGCGUCGGCUUCGGCUCCUACGGCUCCGUCCUGAUCCAGAACAACUACUUCAAGGACGUCAAGAACCCGCACCAGUUCAUGUACGACGUGUACGCGUACUCCGCCGCCUCGGGCAACGUCUACGACAAGACCAGCGGGGCCCAGCAGACGGGCAAGCUCGGCAGCAGGAACGUCGCCGGACAGGAGUGGGCUACCGCCGCUCCCGUCUCGCCGCCGUACUCCUACUCGCUGGACUCGGCGAGCGGCGUGCCCGACCUCGUCAAGAAGUGCGCCGGUCCCCGAUAUAAUGAAGCUGUUGUCCAAGACAUCGAGAGCCUUCACAAUACCCUCAAAGAAAUCGCCAAAAAGGUCGGCUUGCCAGAACCUGCAGCGCUUCAAAGCACAAACCUACGAGGCUCAACAGACUCGCCAUCGCUGCAUGGCCGUUCAGCGUCGACGACGAACGGAAACGGGUACCGUCUCGGUGUAUCCGGUCAGGAUAACAACCAUGGCCCCUCCUGCGACAACUCACCCAAGAUCUCCCCCGAGGACGAGAAUCUUCCACACGUACCGAUCCACUCACUCUAUGCGCUCACAAAGUUGAGAGCUCUGAGAUCACCAGAUGCACCUGAAGGUCAUUCUACCGCCCUCGACGACUUCAUCGCGCGCGGAGCACUACGUCUGGACGAUGCAGAACGAUUAUUUCGACUAUACCGCGACCGGCUGGAUCCUUUCAUGUACGGCGUGGGGUGCAAAUACCAGCAGCUGGAGGAGCUGCGUCGAAGAAGUUCCAUACUCACCGCCGCCACCCUCACUGUCGCCGCUCUCCACGACCCGCAAGCCAAUGGCAUCUACGGCGUCUGCAGCUCCGAGUUCCGCCGUCUCACCGAGAGAUCGAUGUUCGACCGACGGGUAGACCGCGAUUAUCUGCGCGCUAUGUGCGUUGCAUCGUACUGGCUCAGCGAUGUGUCGUGGAUGUUGUCAGGGUACGCCAUUCGUCGCGCAGCAGAAUGCAAUUUGCACAACAGCUACACUCGCGCCAUCGAAGACAAGAGCGAAGAAGCUGCCGACGGAGCCAGGCUCUGGUAUAUACUCAACAUCUGCGACCAGCACCUCGCGACAUUGUACGGAAGACCUGCGAUCGUCCAGGAAGACUCGUCCAUGCAGAAAUGGGAGGCCUUUCUUGCGUCGCCUGUCGCAAAUGAGCAAGACAAGCGCUUGUCUAGUCAGGUUGCCCUCUUGGGUAUCAUAGGGAGCAUCCGUGAACUAUUCGGACCGGACAAGGGACAGCCAACACCAAGAGCAUACGUUCAUCAGAUCACACAGUUCAAUAAGGAACUUGACCAUUGGUUAAAUCACUGGUUGGGAACGAUACCAGAAGAAUCCGAGCACAUAGGUCGCUUCCCACGGAAAGGGGCCAAGCUGCACUUCCACUUCGCAAAACUUCAUCUCUACUCACAUAUCUUCCGCGGUUUGUCUGGAGACAACCCGAUACCGUACCACUUUCUUGACUGCGCUGCAACCGCCAUCUCUGUCGCCACUUCGACUAUCAACUUUAUCUUGACUGAUCCGGACAUCGCGGCUGGGGUGGUUGGAAUGCCGUCUUACCUGCACUGCAUGACGGCUUUCGCAUGCAUGUUUCUGAUCAAGGUGGCAGUUAAGUACGGGGGAGACCUGAUCGAGCCAGACCGUGUCUGGGAUAUGACAACGAGUCUCGUGCGGCACUUUCGAUCGCUUCCCGCAGGGCGAUGGCACUUGGCUAACCUCAUGGCGCCGGGUCUCGAGCGUAUGGCUGCAACCCUCAAACGCAGUCAAACGGGAGAGCUCAACCACUUGACCGAGACAUUGCCUGUAGGCAAUGGGAUCAAUGGCGCCAUCGAUCCACAACUAGGUGCUCCCAGUACUGACGGAACGUUCAUUGGUUCCGAGGGUGAAUUCUUUUUCGAUUACGAUAUGAGUUUUGGACUGUCGCCGGUGUUCAACUUCGACUUGUCGUCCCUGAAUACUGAGAACCCAUCGAUGGCGCCUCAAGAGUUCUCCAAUGUCAACUAUCAAAUGGCGCAACCCAACACUUGA